ACUACUACUAAUAUUGUACACUAUUCCGUAUAGUAGAAUAUUCGCUAAAGCCAGGAAGAGGAGAUCGACACUUUUGACUGACCCAUAGAACUCUUGCUCGGAAUGUUGGAGGGAUUCCCGUACGCAUUCGCCACUUGUUGUUUAGUGCUGCUGCUGGCAGUGGAGAUACGAUCGCAAAAUGAUCCGGCGGACGUCGUUACUACUAGGCAGCAAGACGUGGACGGCUAUUCCAGCCAAUAUGGGAAUACCGGGAAUCGCGGCAUGAUGAUACCUCCGCCAUUCAAUUGCAAACGCUUGCCAGAACGGAACGAGACAACCAGCAGCGUGCACGCACUGCGGCCACAGGAUGUUCGUGUGGUGAUGGCUAUGGGUGACAGCAUCACGGCGGGUUUCGGGAUGAUGGGCAAACAGGGCACGGUCUUCAAAGAUUUGAUCGAAUACAGAGGACAGUCGUGGAGCAUCGGUGGAGAUGCGCAGGCCUACACGUUGGCCACGAUAAUACGUCACUUCAGUCCGGAUUUGGUGGGCGCAAGUCUUGGCUCGCACCAGGUGGAGGUGUGUUGGGGGUACCUGUGUCCCAGCUUUCAUGAACCUGUCCAGGAUAGGCUCAACUCAGCCCAAACUGGUGCGAUGAUGUACGAUAUGAUACAUACACUCAACAGUCAAGUGGAUUACAUCAUUGGUGAACUGAAGAAGAUGCAGCAGGUGGACAUGCGUAAAGACUGGAAAGUGCUGACCAUAUUUGUAGGUGCCAACGAGAUGUGCCUGCGCUGCGGUGCCACACACGCUCAGCCAACAUCACCGGAUGAUUACGAGCUGUACUUUCGCAAGGCACUCACGCAGCUGCGUGAUGAGGUGCCGCGCUUGUUUGUCAAUGUUGUUCAGAUGUUCAAUGUGUCUCAGGUGUACACGGUGUCGCUGCGCUCAAAGCACUGUGAGAACAUACAUUCAGACUUCUUCGUGGAGUGUAGCUGUGCCUUCUGGAACGGCUCAGCUGCCGACGAAAGGCGCAAAGACAUGGAUGAAGCAGCGGUCGCCUACAAUGAGCGGCUGGAGAAGGUUGUGCGUGACUUUGCCAAGAACCGCAGCGAUGAGUUUGUGGCCGUUCUUCAGCCGGCUUUUAGAGAUGGAACUGCAGAAACCCUCCCACUGGACUUCAUCUCUUCUUUGGACUGCUUUCAUCCUAGUUUACUGGCCCAUCAGACAAUGGCUAAACUCAUGUGGAAUAACAUGCUAACACCAAGCACCAAGAAACGUACAACAUUUGACUUGCAUGAUCCUAUCAUAUGCCCAACCGAGGACACGGUCUUUGCGACAGACUAACGUCAGACUACGCCGUUGAUAUUUCUUCUUAGACAGUCCGUCUUCAGCUAGGGGGGCCUGGCUGCAAUGCACCAUGCGCAAUAUUGAUCAGAUGGCCCCUCGUCGUCACUGGUAACGACCCCCUACACAGGAGCUCCAGCCACGAUGGCCAUCCUGCAACAUUAGUGCCUCUGUUAUUUCUUCUAUCAAACGACAAGUAAUUAUUUCAGUCUUUUAGUCUUUUUCUUGAAUUUGGUCUAGAAAUAAUUGAGUUCAAUUUGUUUUGUGUGUGUGAUGUACAUGAACAUGUAGUUAGGCUGCAUUUACAAAAGAGUUUUCAUCUCCGAGUUUUUACCUGCCAUGAACAGAGAUUGGCUGGAG